UUUCAGUUCCCUUUGGACAUGCUGCUGAGUGGUAUAUUUUACAACACCUACUUUUAAAAAAUACACAAUUAAAAUCACAAAGUCAUUUAAAUACUCCACAAUUAAUUAAAGAACAAAUAAUUAAGCUUUGUCGCGUUGAAGGUACUGUAGAUUUUCUAGAAUGGGAGUGUAUUGAUAAAAAAAAAUCAACAAAUUGUAUUGAUGACAUUAUAGAACUUACAACUAAAGGGAAAGAAUAUAUUAAAAAAAUUCAAGUUGGUAUUAAAAAGGAUAAAUUAUGUUGGUCUUGGAUUAUGUAUUGUACUGGAGAUGGAAAUACUUGUCAACAUUUAUGCGGUGAAAUUGGUGAAUGCAUAUCUAGUUGUUCAAAUUAUAAUUUAGCUAAUAACUUACGAAAUGGAAAUGAUAUGCAUCGUUGCUCUGUUCGUGUACAUUCAUUCUCACGAUUAUCAAAUCUUAACACAAGUCAUCCACUUUGUAUAAAAAUAGAAGGAUGUCAUCUUUCUUCUAAUCUAUUAAAUACUGAAAAUCGAAAAGUUACACAAAUCAAUCUAACACGACAAAUUAGAGAUAAGAUUACUAUUAGUCGUCAUGCAGAGAAUACUGGUUCAUGGACAAUUCUUCAUUAUUUAAUUGAAGAAGUUUUAAAACCUAAAAGAUAUAUUUUAUAUUAUCAACAACUAGAUUUAUCUCAACUUGAAAAUUCUGCAGAACAUUAUUAUCAAUUAACUGUAUCUGAUGAAUUUUGGUUACGAAAUGGUAGAGAUUUUGAACAAUUUUGUAUUGGAAUUGAUGGAAAAUAUGACCUUAAUAUUAAUCGUGCACCUAUUUUAACUAUGAUUGUAGAAAACAAUGUAGGAUAUGGAAUUCCAUUAGCAUUUGGUUUAAGUAAUAAAGAAAAUAAUUGGUCAAUACGUUUAGCAGUAAAUGCAGUUAAACAAAAUAUACCAUAUUGUAACAAUCAAAUAUGGAAUCCAUAUAUAAUGAUUGAUAAACAUAGACCUUCAAAACUUGGAGUAGAGAGAUUAGUACGUGGAACUAUUCUUUGUUGGUUUCAUAUUAUGCAAAUAUUUGGCCGUCUUCUUGAUGCACCUAAUUCAAAUCCAAUGACUACAAAUAAUUACAUAGAAAGAAUGAAUCGUACAAUUGAAUCUAAAUUAUCAGGAAAACAAACA